UUCCCUUUACGAGCGUCAGUCGCCUCUCACCCCUUCACUCAGUCACUCCUUCACUCAGUCAGAGAGAGGAGCAGAUCUCAGUCAGACAUUCAGCUGGUUGCAAAACUUUUUCUCUGUCUCAUCAGGUGGUGUCGGAGUAAAUAAACCCGCUGUCACUGCGUCUUUACGCGCGGAGCUUCCUGUUGCGCGCCCGGUCCCGUUCCCUCCUCGCCGGAACGCUCCUCUCUGGAUUUUCCCGCCCCGGCGAUGGAGGACGACUUCCUCUCCCACUUACCCCCAUCCCUGCCGGGAGACUCCGAGUCUCUGAGCCCAAACUCUACGGAGGAGCCCGGCUGGUGGGCGUCCUCUGACGGCGGGGAGACGGUCCACUUCGCCGUGCGCUGCGUCAUGACCUCGGUCUACAUCCUGAUCAUCACCGUGGGGCUGCUGGGCAACAUCACCCUGGUGAAGAUCUUCAUCACCAACAGCGCCAUGCGGAGCGUGCCCAACAUCUUCAUCUCCAGCCUGGCGGCGGGAGACCUGCUGCUGCUGGUCACCUGCGUGCCGGUGGACGCCUUCCGCUACUUCUCCGAGGAGUGGGUGUUCGGCGAGGCGGCGUGCAAACUCAUCCCCGUCAUCCAGCUCACAUCGGUCGGCGUGUCCGUGUUCACGCUCACGGCGCUCAGCGCGGACAGAUAUAAGGCAAUCGUGAACCCGAUGGACAUCCAGACGUCCAGCGCUGUCUUCUGGACGUGUCUGAAGGCUGUUUCUAUCUGGCUGCUGUCCGUGCUGCUGGCUGUUCCUGAGGCCAUUUUCUCUCAGGUUGUCCCCAUGCAGGGUCACAGGGACAACACUAACGUCACCUUGGUGAACUGCGUGCCCUACCCGCUGUCCAAUCAGAUGCAUCCUAAGAUCCACUCAGUGAUGAUCUUCCUGGUUUACUUCCUGAUCCCUCUGACCAUCAUCUCGGUGUAUUAUUACCACAUCGCCCGCACGCUCAUCAAGAGCGCCCACGACAUGCCGGGAGAGGUCAGCGAACACACCAAGAGACAGAUGGAGACGAGGAAGCGUCUGGCCAAGAUCGUGUUGGUGUUCGUGGGUCUCUUCGCUCUGUGCUGGUUCCCCAACCACGUUCUUUACAUGUACCGCUCCUUCCACUACCAUCAGACGGAUCUGUCAUUGGCUCACCUCAUCAUCACCCUGCUGGCCCGAGUCCUCAGCUUCUCCUCAUCCUGCGUCAACCCAUUCGCCCUCUACCUGCUCAGUGAGAGCUUCCGCAGGCAUUUCAACAGUCAGCUGCGAUGUGGUCGAGGUCCUCGCCCCGAGCGCCAGGCCAGCUACCUGCAUAGCACCUCCCACAUCCGCCUCACCUCCAUCAAGAAGACCACGCCCACUGCAGCCGUCAUUGCACCAGCAGCCAAUGGCAACUCCAACAGACAAGAGGUGGCUCUGUGAAAUGUGAGGCUGCAUGAUCUUCAGCUUCAUGUCAUCACGGGAGUUGUGCAGACAUUCAGAAUCCUGCAGACCAGGAGAUGUGUUUUGGUGCCAAGUGCGGAUGGAUAGAGGAAACUCUGCAGGCCUCACACCGGUUGAAUGAUUGUACCAGUUGCUCCUGUCACACUGGACUUCAUCAUCUACAUCUGCAGCUUGGUUGCCAAACAAAAAGUGCCUCUUGGAAAUUCGAGUUCAGACAUCAAAUGGGAAUCACAAAAACCCAAACUUAAGAUAUUUUCUACAUCCACAGUGUUUGCAAGAAGUAUAUAUCUUACUAAAGGUGUUGGAGGAAGUUAAAUUUGCAAAGGUUGCAAAAGUUUAACAAACCACAAGUCCAAGGCUGAGAGGACAGACAGUCUUGUUGACAGCAUGGAUGACACACUAGCAUGUCCGCUAUGAAAGCUUGUUUCUCUGCUGCUGGAAUGCUCAUCAUCGAUUGAUCUAAAAAGCCAUUUUCAUCUGUGUGGUGUCGUGGUAUUGAUCCAGAGACAGAGGAGGAAUUAUGCCUGUCUUUUUGUCUGCUGCCUUUGAAGAGGAGGGUCAGAGAGCAAGCAACAUCCCCAGGGACACGAGUAAGUCCACGUCUUAUCCAAGGACAUUUUGAAGAAUGUUUGGUACCGUGGGACUGGACGUUUGACUCUCUAGUUACGGGAUCGUUUCUCUCUAAAUUCCUGCUACGACGAUUCUGGAGAUGAAUGGAAUGCAGUUGUAGAAGACAAAUGACUCAAAGCCUUGUAAACCAAAAUAUCUCCCUGUGUGGAGGAGAAUCUGUUUGGUAAAUGUUUGCUUUGUGGCUCUGUUAAUCUCUGUGUUCACCAGGUACAGCUCUGUUUGAUUUUUGUUGAACGUGCUACUGUAGCUCCAGUUUCUGUUUGCCCAUCCAGUCUACACGUGUUUCAUGGAUUUAAGGGGUGUCAGAGCUAAUUGCCCUCUGGUCAGGGCUUAAUAGUGUGAGUAUUUCACAUGCAUUUGCCCCUGAAAAUAGAAAUGUGCGAGCCGGAACAAUUAGUCAGGAGCACAGUGUGUGUGUAAAGAUCACAACCUACCAUAAACUACUGAUCAUUCAAAAAAGUAAAAAAAAAAAAAAAAAAAAAAACACUUAGGAAAAGCAUCAGUAUGAUAGACUUUCAGUCAACGUUACACAUUCAGGCUCACCAAAAAUGAAGCCCAUUAAUAUUUAUUUUGAACAGGGCUCUGCACUUUGCAUUAACUGAGGAAGCUCACGUUAACGUUAGCAUGGCAGCUAGCAACGACAGAGCAGCUGAGAACGAUGUUAGCAAGCUACUGGGCCCCCUGCUCUGACUUAAACGUCCACUAGAGUUAGCAAAGGGAAGACUUUAUUCACGUGGCUCAAAAUGUUCCAUUUUUCACUUCCAUAGUCCCAACAUUGUCUCAUAGAACAGUUUGUAUGAUAUCCAACGAAUUAUUGCCCCACCAAUGACAUUACAUCCUUAACGUAGAGUUACGUAAUUAACGUGAAGUUAUGGAAGUUAGGUAUAAAUUAAAGUUACCAUGGUUAGGUUUAGGAAAAGAAACAUGCUGAGGAUUUACCUUAAAUUGGCUCAGAAUCACUUAUCCGAACACAUGACUCCAGGGGAAAGUCCCAGAUGAAAGUCCAUUUUUGUGACUCAUCCACCGCCGCAACCUGCCUCCUUACAAGCGCUCAGGACCGCUUCCUUAUCACAUGAUCACAAGCUUUAAAAAUUGAUGGGGUAUGUACAUAUUUGGCCGCACUGCUUUUCAUAGGAACACAUAUGAAACAUUUCUGAGAACAGUCUGAUAGUCUUUAACUGAUUUUCACAUUAUAGUUCAACGCAUCCCCAUACAAUGGUUUAUAUGAUGUCCUGCAUUUUAGCGCCCCACAAAUUACAUCACAUCCUUGACUAACAUGAUUAACUCCAAAAAAACAACAACAAGAUAGCAAUGGAGGCUUUGGAACAGUAACCAAUAGGAAGAUGUCACGGUAGAUAUGUUCAUUAUUUUUAACAGUCUAGGGUUUUCACAUCAUAAUUACACACAAGCAGUGGUGAGGAGUGAAGAGGCACCCUGAUAUUUUGCUUAAGUAAAGUAAUAAAACUACAGUGUGAAAAUAAUCCGAUACAAGCAAAAGUCCUGCAUUUAAAGUCUUACUCAGUUAAAAUCACAAGUUUUAGCUUCAAAAUAUACUGCAAGUACAAAAUGCAUGCAGAGUGAGCCAUGUCAGAAUAAUACAGUAUAGACUGGAUUAUUAUUAUUGAUGCAUUAAUGUGUUCAUCACUUAAAUAUUGCAGCUGCUAAAAGGUGGAGCUCAUUUUUAUGACUUUAUAUACUGCUGGGUGACUAAAUCUAUAUAAUGUAAUUUGUAUAAUUCAUAGCUGAUUUAAUCUGAAUCUCAGUAACUAAAGUUAUCAAAAAAUGUAGCAGAGUAAAAAGUACAAUGUUUAUUCAAGUUAAAUACAAGUAUGGCAAACUUGUAUGAAGGUGAGUAAAUGUACUUAGUUACAUUCCACCACUGCACACAAAGAGAAGAAACACACACACAUAUAGUACAUAUAUAAUAAUCCGUGGAUUAACUCUGUUAAUCCACAAUUUUUGGGAGUAAGAAGUUAGUGUCAAGUCCUGCUUCUGGUCCUUGAAAAGAUAAUGUGAGAGUCCAUAUUCUCAGAGGGUGUUGGGCUCCAGGCCAGGGUCGUGCCUCUCCGGGCCUCUGGCAGUUCUGAUGGCUUCAUUGACCUGCGACACUCCAGCACACACUGGAAUGGGAUGCAGCUGAGUGUGGAGAAGUCUAAAGCCGUGGUGCUCCUCAGAAAACUGAGGAUUACUCAGUCGCUGUAAUUCUGUACUAAUUUCAGGGAAAAUAACAAUUUCGUUUUCCAUUUCAAACCAAGAAGACUUAAUUCUCCAUGUAUGCUGUUAUUGCAUGUGUGCAUGUCCUUUGGAGCUGAAUGAAAAGACUCUCCAGGUUACAUUCACAAGCAUCUGGAAUUAAUUAACUGGAAGUUUACUGACUGAACACUAACCUCUAAUUACCAAUAAAUUAUAUUCCAGGAAAUAAUUAAUAAGUAAUUAUGGACCUUUUACAUGAGGUGUUCUUUAAUUGAACAUAAUGUAAGACAGGGAGGCAUUUUACUAAAACAUUACUUAAUUUAGAUGUUCAAUAAAAAGUUGGACAUUUGGACUGAAGACCCUCUUUAUUCAUAGAUGAUGUAACAUCCAUCAGUUUCUCCAGGUAAUGCUCAGUUUUGAGCACUGGAGAUAGCCGUAGCCAGAGGCGUUGUGUUUUCAGGUUGUCACCCAGACAGUCCAUCCCAUUCUCAUGAACACGGUAUCUCAAAAAUACCUCAGGGGAACUUCUCCCAAUUUGGCACAAAUGUCCCUUUGGACUCAACGAUUAACUGAUUAGACUUUGUUGUCAUAGGUCAAAAGUCAAAGCCACUUUGACCUUGUUUGGUUGAUUCUUGUGAACACGACAUCUCAAGAACACCUUGAGAGAAUUUCUUCAAAUUUGACACAAACGUCCACAUGUACUCAAGAAUGAACUAAAGUUGUCAAAGGUCAAGGUCAGUGUGACCUCACAAAACUUGCUUAUUAUGGCACAACUUAAUACAAACGUAUAACAGGAUAAAAUAAUUAAGGUCAAAUGGUCAAAGGUCAGCUUGACUGUGACAUCAUCAUGUUUUAACGUCAUAUCUCAGGAACAGAAGGAGAGACAUUUGGUCAGAUACUGAAUUGGUGACUCUAAUCUUGAAACUGUGCUGAUUGUAUAAAUCUUCUGUGUGUGAAGCGUCCAUGUUUUCACUGACAUGGAUGGAGACUGUCAGAGACACUGGGCUGGUGGGCGGGGUCAUACAACCACGGGGCAGACUGGUGGGCAGAGUCAUACAACCACUGGGCGGUGAUUCUAAGAUUUAGACCUAAAUAAUCCUACCUACAUUUACUUUCGACCAGUGUGUCACUGGAACAAGUGUCAUGUGUUGGGAUAAUCUGACUUCUCUCACCGCACAAGAUAACCGCCGCUGUUCUUGCAUGUGAUGCUACAAGUGCCAAAACCCCUCCAAGCUUUGAACAUGCAACAGUUUCUUUCCUUUAAAAAUAAGUCUCUAAAGAAGCUGGCAUUUCCUGGUGGAUGCACAGACUAACAAACAUGUGUAAAGUAUCAGUGCUUCGUGUUGCUGCUUUGGCAUGAACUGACAGCUGGUGAAGUGUGUGUGCACACAUCGACGUGCUGCAUAUUCAAAACAACCACUUACAGUAAAAGAUUAUGUGACGUUCUUCUGAUUACAUUUUAAUGUUGUUGUUUUUUUCCCUCUUUAAAAGAUUUGAUGUGUUUUUCGA